AUGAUCAAGCAGGAUGUCCAGAAAUGUGUAGACGCCUUACAGGAUUUUGUUGACAAGGAGAUAGGCGAAUCUGUUAAUCUAUUCAGCUGUAAGUCAAGAGCUAAUAAUGAACUAUUGUUAAAUAUUGAUGAGAAGUUUCAAUUGAAGGAUAAAGAUGAACUACACCAGCUUGGAGAACAGAAAAUAGAGAACCAAAAUAAAUUACAAGAAAUACGGAAUAAGGUAGAAUAUUAUGAGAAACUGCUCACGGAAUUGGAAGAGGCUCAGAAAGAACUUGAGGUUAGAUAUAAAUUAGUAUCAAAAAGUAAAUAG